UUUCUGUUUUGGUUUCCUUUAGAUUCAUCAUUUUGAUAACCUUCUGUGUUUGGACAACUUUUGGAAAGCACGCGUUGUUUCUGACAGAGUAAAAAGGUUUGCCUAACCCUAGGUCCGCUGUAGUCCAGUGAUGCAAUGUCACUGCAAGGUGCGACAGACUGAACGGCAGCGUUUGGCUCCUGUUCCCAAGGAAACGAGACAGGAAUAACUUCAGGAGGGGAGGACAUGCGAAGUGCUUCGUUUUCUCCAGAUUGAGAUUUUUCUCCGCAGUGUUCCUCUGUGUUUCUUCCUCUCUCAGACUAUCAGCUCUCUCCACCAGCCUCUUCCCACAACCUCGGUGCGGAUAACGAGAGGCUGCUGUUGCCAUGGAGACGGGGCCACGCUAUCGUCUCCACUGAAAUUUAGUUAACAUCUCCACAUGCUGGCUCCCUCCGGAGCAGAUGGCAAAUAUCAUCCCUGACUUUCCGCCCCCCCGCAGAUCGCAAUAGAAAACGUAAGACAAGGUGUGUCCAGUGGCGGUUCUUUGACCAACUGGGUUUGGAGUUGGUUCCGGACCGGUGACGUGUUUCCACGCAGUUUGCCCAGAUUUAGUCGUCAACAUGCUGCAGUGUUUUUAUCUGAGGAAGUGAAGUCAGUUUGUUGCAGAAAGUCACUGACUCUGUGCUGAAAGACAAAUGAUACUUGCAGACGUCCCGAUGCGAAGGCGCCGUCCGUCCUCUUCCUCAGCUCAGAAUAUUCCUUAAAGCCCCAGUGGAGGCAGUUUGAGAUUCUGACAGCCUCCUGACCCCCGCGGAGGGGAGAGCGCCGCAGCCAGCCUCCGGCGCCGCAGCCGGGCCGACACACGGCGGGCCGUCAGUCAGCUGGAGACGGGGAGCGCGCUCCUCCUUUUUUAUAAUUGGCGUAUUUGAAAGAGAGACGUGGGCUCUUCACUUCUGUAAGCUGGCUCAGAUUUUGGCAGAAGCCCUGCGGCUGAAGACAGAAAGUUUCUUCCUGUGAGAGGAACAGAGCCGAGAACCAAACUGCUGCUGAAUCCAAGUUGAGCCAAAAGCUGGGACUGCUGACCUGUCCAGAGGGUUUCCCGUCACUCGCCCAGUGACAGCUGGAGAUAAGCAACAGUGAGCCUACGGGGAGAACUGAGUGCCGAAAAUGAAGGAAAACAGAACUAGAUCUAUCUCUCUCAGAGUUCAUCGCCUCUUUGCUGCCGUCUGAUGCUCAUUAACGAUGUUUUACAGUCAAGGAUGCAAACUUUGACCAAGUAAAAACGAGCAGCGGUUCGGUUCGGUGAAAGUGUCCCGCCUCCUCCCAGCGGGGGGUCCCGGUCGGUGGGAGGAGCGAGCCGAGCCGAGCCGCGCCGCGCCGCAGCGUCACCAGCAGUCCGGUCCGGUCCAGACCUGUAGGUCCGCCUCGCAGCAAUCAGAGCUCCGGUUCACCUGCUCACCUCCAGGAGGUUCCGGAAAACCUAGACAACCAACAACAAGCCGCUCAGAAAUGAGCCAAGCUGUUCGGCGGCGCGGCGUCUGGAUGCUGUAGCGGCUCUGCAGGUUUAACCGGGUCGCCUUCCUUCAAAUUACGAUGCAUCUCAUCGGGGUGGUCUUAAUUCUGGUCGUGACGGGAAUAGCAAAAGGCUGGGAAUGCAGCGCGGCGUGCAGCACAGAAAAUGGGUUUUGUGAGAAGCCGGGGAAGUGCAGGUGCAAACCUGGGUGGGAAGGGGAGAACUGCGACCGCUGCCUCCCGUUCCCAGGCUGUUUGCACGGCGCGUGUGAGAAAGCCUGGCAGUGCGUCUGCAGAGAGGGCUGGGUGGGCAGCCUGUGCGACCAAGAUACUCGCCUGUGCUCGUCCAAGCCUUGUCCCAGUAACGCCACCUGCAUAGAGAGAGGAGAGGGCGGCUACCUGUGUGUCUGUCCUCAAGGCUACGUGGGAGAAAACUGCCAGAUGAAGCAGAGACUUUGCCUUCUGAACGGCUCUCCUUGUCAAAAUGGAGGAACGUGUGUGGAGGCCGGUGGCUCAGCAGCCGACCCUUCCUGUUUAUGUCCUCCUGGAUUUUCCGGCGCCCUCUGUGACAUCAGCGCCGGCAGCUGCCAGCCGAACCCUUGCCUCAACGGGGGCGACUGCACGGACCACGGCCUGGCCUUCACGUGCGCCUGUCCGCCCGGCUUCACCGGCUUCACGUGCAACGACACCAGCAGCCUCUCCGCCUGCGCGGGCGCGCCUUGCGCCAACGACGGAACCUGCGUCGGUCAGUCCGACGGAACCUUCCGCUGCAUUUGCCAGAAAUGGUUCACGGGUCCCACCUGCUCCCUCCAUCACAGACAGAGAUCCAGGACCAGGCCUGCCAAUACCAGACCAGUGGAGCACAGAGGAUUUGCCCUCACUCCGCAGCACUACUCCCUCCCUGCCCACGCCUUUCACAAGCUGCUGAGACCACCGGAGAGAGACCUGCUGAAGAUCACCCUGAAGGAGUCGGUCCACUCCUCUGGCGUCCUCGUCACCCACGGCCAGCUCAUCUGUUUCGGCAUGCUGGCCUUGCUCACCUGUCUGGUUAUCUUGGGCACCACAGGAAUAGUCUUCUUUGGUCGCUGCGAGACGUGGCUGGCCAACGCCAAGUACAGCCAGCUUGUUCGGCAGCAGCGGGAACACCUGCUGAGGGAAGCUGGCAGCGCGAGCCAGGAAGAGCCGGAGCACUCGGUAAACAUCAUCCUGCCAGAAAAGAUUAGACUCUCCAGCUUCGGGAGACACUACACCUCCAUCUGAUCAAAACGUCUCCUCCUGUUACCGGAGGGAGCCCCAGCCAAUGUCACGGUGUGACCCAGAAUGAAGCACUGGGCUGAAUCAUCCUGCUCUGGACCUGGACGGAUGUUACAGGAGCCUGUAAAUGUUUAGCCGUCAGUCAUGCUAUUAAAAUCCACUGAAAUUCUGCAGAAAUUCAAAAGA